GGAAGCCACCGGAGCAGCAGAGCAGAGUUUUUCAUCUGCCGCUGCUCUUCUUUUAUUAUCCUCUAAAACAGUUGUUAAUGUUUGGAAGAUUUUAGCUGUCUGAAAUUACUUUAUUAACUAAAGAGAAAUGGAAGAGGUUGAGCAGUGAGCAUUCGGUGUGAUGGACCAUAAAUCAGAAGGAGAGACGAAAACUCAGGCAGAGGAGCGAGUGAGGAGAGUUUCCUCAGACCAACACCGUGAGAUUUUGGAGCUGAGUGGAGGGGAAAAUGUCAGGGAGCUGUGCAAAGAGAAAAAGAAGAUCAAGAAAAAAAACGACUCACCCAGGUUGUCUGCGGAAAUCCCUAUGAUAGGACACGUUGAUAUUGCAGAAUUCAUGAAUGCAGCCACUCUUGGCAAACUGAAUGUGAUAGACAAGUAUCUGGCAGAUGGUGGGGAUCCUAAUGUCCACGAUGAGUUGAAGAGGACAGGGCUACAUCGUGCCGCUCUGGAAGGACAUGCCACAGUCGUCCACAGUCUUUUAGAAAGAGGAGCUGACAUCAACUUCAAAGAUCAGCUGGGCUCAGGGGCCAUACACUGGGCCUGCAGAGGGGGAAGCCUGGAAGUCGUGGAAAUCCUGAAGAGUAACAGUGCUGACCUGAAUGUUAGAGAUAAGCUGAACAGCACUCCUCUGCAUGUGGCCACGAGAACAGGCCACAGCACCAUUGUGGAGUACCUGCUGUCCUGUGGUGCCAAAAUCAACUGCAUGGACAGGGAAGGAGACACAGCCCUGCAUGACGCUGUGCGUCUCAACAGAUACACGAUAGUGAAACUGCUCGUUGAUGCAGGAGCUGACACCAAAAUAAAGAAUCUUGAGGGAGUGACGGCAGUGCAACAGGUAAAACAGUGGCAGUCGGACAUCAUGGAGACACUGGGGGAGGUGGGACAGGUGCCUCCUGAUAAACCUCAAGAGAGGAGUGAAUAAUGCAGAGUGAAAGAUGUAAUAAUCAUUAAGUAUAAUGUUACUUAUCUGUCGAAAUACAUUCUGUGACUCCACU